CUACCGACGCUAAUACAAACACACAUUUCAGAAGAUUUAUUCAAGUUAUUACCAGUCACUCAAGUUUCUAUUGUCGCAUAGCCCUCGUUCCCCGACCGAUACCCGACCCAGCCUAUCAUGGCAACUUCCCAAGCAGACGCUAGGGACCGUCAGUUCCUGGCUGUAAUUGGAGACGAGGACUCCGUCACGGGACUCCUCCUUGCAGGCAUUGGCCACGUUACGGCUCCCCCUGAUUCGCAAAAGAACUUUCUUGUGGUGGACAACAAGACGGAUAACGCUGCUAUCGAGGCGGCCUUUGAGCGCUUCACGACCGAGAGGAAGGACAUUGGCAUUGUUUUGAUUAACCAACAUAUUGCUGAUAGGAUACGGCACCGAGUCGACACCCACACCGCGGCCUUCCCUACCGUUCUCGAGAUCCCGAGCAAAGACCACCCUUACGACCCCGAGAAGGACAGUGUUCUCCGCAGAGUCCGUCGUCUGUUUGGUGAAUAAAUGUGUUUGCCCAGUUGAGCAUGGACAUAACGAACGGGGAAUGAUACGGCAUGAUGGAAGGAAUGGAAGCAGUCAGGUUCAUGGGGGCAUAGCGGAAUCAAUGUGCCCACGACAUCACAGCGGCGGCGCGCAAUGCGGGAAACUUAGAAUACCUAUAAAGAAGCAGAACGACGGG